AUGGCCAGUGCAUCAACACCUCCCAGCAAAUACCUCUGUCUCACCAUCUUGGGCUACCGUAAGCCCGGUAUGAGCGAAGAGGCCUACCGCCACCACAUGACACAGAUUUCGGCGCCGAUGACCAAAGACCUGAUGGUCAAGCAUGGUAUCAAACGGUGGACAAUGAUCCACAACCCUACCAACACACGCGAGCUCAUGACCCAGCUCUACGAUUCCCAGAUGGUCAAUGUGGCCGACUUUGACUGCUUCAGCCAGGUCGUGUUUGAGAAUAUUGAAGACUAUAAGCGCAUGAAACAGGAUCCCUGGUAUAAGGAGCGGUUAUUUGGGGAUCACGAGAACUUCGCGGAUACCAAACGGAGCAUGAUGACGAUUGGGUGGAUUGAGGAGUUCGUCCGAGACGGGGUAGCGGUGGAUGGGUUCAAGAACUGA